AUGUCGGUGAAACUAGUCCUUACUUCAGCGAUUUUGUUGAUUCUCGUCGCCGCGGCGACGGCGGAAGAGAUCGGAUUCGAUGAAUCCAAUCCGAUCAGGAUGGUCUCCUAUAGUCUCCGGGAGGUUGAAGAAACCGUCGUCCAGAUACUAGGCCAGUCCCGUCAUGUCCUCUCCUUUUCUCGCUUCGCUCACCGGUAUGGGAAGCGGUAUCAGAGCGCGGAGGAGAUGAAGCUCCGGUUCUCUGUUUUCAAGGAGAAUCUCGGUUUAAUCAGAUCCACCAAUAAGAAAGGCUUACCUUACAGACUCUCUGUUAACCAAUUUGCUGAUUUGACAUGGCAAGAGUUUCAAAGACACAGUCUUGGUGCUGCUCAAAACUGCUCUGCCACUUUGAAAGGCACCCACAAGCUCACUGAAGCUUCACUUCCAGCAACAAAAGACUGGAGAGAUGAUGGAAUUGUCAGCCCUGUCAAAGACCAGGGACGUUGUGGAUCUUGCUGGACAUUCAGCACGACGGGAGCUCUUGAAGCAGCGUACCAUCAGGCAUUUGGAAAAGGGAUAUCUCUCUCAGAGCAACAGCUUGUGGACUGCGCCGGAGCUUUUAGUAACAAUGGUUGUCAUGGUGGACUUCCUUCACAAGCUUUUGAAUACAUCAAAUACAACGGUGGGCUUGACACAGAGAAGGAUUAUCCUUACACUGGUAAAGACGGUGACUGCAAGUUUUCAGCUGAAAACAUCGGUGUACAAGUUGUCGACUCUGUUAAUAUUACUCAGGGUGCAGAAGAUGAAAUGAAGCACGCAGUUGGAUUAGUAAGGCCAGUGAGUGUGGCGUUUCAGGUUGUACAUGAGUUCCGGUUUUACAAUAAGGGAGUUUUCACUAGUACUACUUGUGGAAACACUCCAAUGGAUGUAAACCAUGCUGUGUUGGCAGUUGGUUAUGGAGUUGAAGAUGGUGUCCCGUAUUGGCUUAUAAAGAACUCAUGGGGAGGUGAUUGGGGAGAGAGUGGCUAUUUUAAGAUGGAAAUGGGGAAGAACAUGUGUGGUGUUGCAACAUGUUCAUCUUACCCGGUUGUGGCCUGA